UCCCCCGAAUACCCUUUUUUUUCCGGUAAAACCAGCCUCCUCACCUCGUGCUCCCUACAAGCCUCCUCCUCCUCCUCCUAGUAGUCGAGUAGGAGUACUACUAACCUAGUUAGCCACUCUAUUACUACUACCUCCGUUGCCAACGCCGGAAUCCAUCCAUCCAUCCCCGCGCCGCGCUGUGCCGCCGCGAGAGCUUUGCGGCGGGCAUGCGGGUGGGGAUUCACCGCGGGGUGGAAGAAGCUGAAGCAGCAGCUGGUGGCGCAACGCCACGAGGCGCACCCCGCUGGCACCCACACCAACAAAAGGAGAAGAUUCUCGCCACCACCACUCCCACUGAUCCCCUCUUCUUCCUCCUCGUUCGCCUGCCAUCUCCGGAGCCGGAGGAGGAGGAGGAGUAGCCGCCGCCCAGAUCUGCGCCGCCAUGCUGCCGCUGCUGCGGAGGCGGCGGCUGUGAAUAGCUAGGUCGUUUUUAUUGUUGUUUUUGGGUUGGUUUGGUUUGAUUCCGAUGGGGUGCGGGCAGUCGAAGAUGGAGGAGGAGUACGCGGUGCGGCACUGCAGGGAGAGGUCGGAGCUGCUCGCCCUCGCCAUCCGCCACCGCUACGCGCUCGCCGACACCCACCGUGCCUACGCCGAAUCCCUCGCCGCCGUCGGCGCCGUGCUCCACGACUUCCUCCGCGGCGUCCAGUCGCUGCCCCCGCCGCCGCUCGAGCCCACGCUCCGCCUUCCCGCCCACCGCAAGGGCGACAACCUCCCCACCGCCUCCCCCGUCCCGGCCAACCCCGCCAUCGCCUCCUCCUCCGCCGCCCAGCCGCUGCCGCCCGUCGCCAAGCAGGUACGAAUCGCCGCCGCCCCCGAUGACGGCGGCGGCGGCGGCCACAUCCACUUCUCGGACGACGACUCCGAUUCCGAGGGCGGCGGGCACAUCAAGUUCCACUCCGACGACGAGGGCGACGCGCCCGCUCACCGCCGCCCAGAGAUCGUCCGCUCCGCCGCGCCGCCGGUGGCUCCGCCGCCGCAGAUGGGGCCACCACCACCGUAUGGCUCCGGAUAUGCUCCUCCUCCGCCUUAUGGUUCGGGAUACGGGUAUGGAUACGGCCCCGCCCCCGAUUACGGCGGCGGCAUGGCCGUUGCCAACGGCGGCUAUGACCCAGGGUAUGGUGGUAUGGGCGGAGCCAGUGGCGGCGGCGGCGGCGGCGGCUAUGCGCCUGGAUAUGGAGGCAUGGGAGUUGGGGAUGGCGGCAGCGGUGGCGGCUAUGAGCCAGCCUAUGGCGGCAUGGGCAGCUAUGGCCAAAGCUUCUUCAACAUCAGCUAUGCGCGCAGCCAGCCGCCUCCGCCGUCCGUCUCAUACGAGCACCGGCUGCAGGCCACCGAUGCCAGGGUCCACUACUACGCCGGAGAAGGCAACCCUCAAGCACCCCCACUCGGGUAUGGCGGUGGGUAUGGUUAUCCGCCGCAGGGCUCGAGCUCUUACAACCAGUAUGCGUACGGUGGUUACUAUGGUGGUGCUUCUCCUCCGCCUCCGGCCGAUAUACCUUCUACCUCCCGCGGGGAGGUUACGCCACCGGCACCUCCAUCUCCGCCGAGGGUGUCUACUUGGGACUUCCUGAACCCAUUUGAAACCUAUGAGAGCUACUAUGAGCAGCCAACUGCUGCUCAAGCGUCAUACACUCCCAGCAGAAGUUCCAAGGAUGUGCGUGAGGAGGAAGGCAUACCAGAUUUGGAGGAUGAGGAUAUGGAGGUGGUUAAGGAAGCUUAUGGUGAUGAGAAGCACGCCGCCAAUGGGUACAGUGGCAAGGGGAAGAUGGCAAAAGAGGAAGGUGGUAGGAGCAGCACCGGGGAUGAACUGCCCCAUGAAUCCAAGUUAUCGGAAGCGAGCAGUAGCGGGAGCAACCAGGAGCAUGAUGUCCAUGUAGUGGAGAAGAGUGUUGUGGGAGAACAGGUGCAGCGGUCAGAGCCUCGUCAGCAUGUCGCAGGCCUGCCGCCCAUAGGAUCGGAGAAGACGUACUUUGAUGAUGCUGAGGUGGUGCUGGAGAUCAGGACUCAAUUCGAGCGUGCCUCAAAAUCUGCCAUUGAGGUGUCCAAGAUGCUUGAGGUUGGGAAGAUGCCUUACUACCCGAAGAGUUCAGGUUUCAAAGUGUCUGCGAUGAUGAUUUGCGGGAUACCAACAAUGGAGGAAGAGUUCCUGCGGUUUGAAGAAGACAAGGCGAUGGGGUGUGGCAAUCUUUCCUCAACACUGCAGAAACUGUACAUGUGGGAAAAAAAGCUUCUUGAGGAAGUCAAGGCUGAGGAGAAGAUGCGGGCGUUGUAUGACAGGCAACGUGAGGAGCUGAAAAUAUUAGAUGAGAAAGGUGCAGAAGCUGAUAAGCUUGAGGCUACUGAAAGAUCCAUCAGGAAGCUAUCAACAAAGAUAAGCAUAGCAAUUCAGGUUGUCAACACUAUCUCAGACAAGAUAAGUAAGCUGAGGGAUGAAGAGUUAUGGCCGCAAACAUGUGAGCUCAUCCAAGGGUUGAUGCGGAUGUGGAGCACUAUGUUAGAAUGCCAUCAGAUCCAAUUGCAUGCCAUAUCCCAUGCUAAAAACAUAGAUUCCAUGAUAAACGGUGCAAAGUUUGGUGAAGCUCACAUGGACUUGAUCAAGCGCCUAGAGCUUCAGCAUUUGGAUUGGAUAGCCUCUUUUGCCUCAUGGGUGAAUGCUCAAAAAAGCUACGUUGGUACUUUAAAUGACUGGUUGAGGAAAGGAGUCACAUAUGAACCUGAGGUAACUGAUGAUGGUGUGCCUCCUUUUUCUCCUGGACGGCUAGGAGCGCCACCUAUUUUUGUCAUAUAUAACAAUUGGGCAGUUGGUGUGGGGAGGAUAUCUGAGAAGGAAGUAGUUGAGGCAAUGCAGGCCUUUGCAUCUAAUGUUCUUGGCCUCUGGGAAAGGCACAGGUCAGAGCAAAGACAAGGUCUUAUGGCUAAUAAAGGUAUGGACAAGGACCUUAGGGUGAUGGAAAGGGAUGAACAGUCGAUGCGCAAGGCUCUGGAAGCACAAAAUAAGAAGCUGGUGCUCAUUUCUAAUCAGAGCGGUGUAUCCUUAUCAGCACAAGCACAGGCCUUACAAGAUGGAGGUUCCCAUGGUGAUACUGGUAGUUUGCAACUAAGUCUGAAGAAUAUUUUUGAAGCAAUGGAGAACUUCACCGCCAACUCUGCAAACACCUACAAGGAUCUCCACCUGCGUGCUGAAGAAGAGAAAGCUCGCGUUGCCCAAGAGAGUUGCAGAGUUUCCUAGUUCCUUUCGUGGUUUCCAUGUUACAUGAGGGCAUGAGCCCUUUUUAACGCAAAGGAGCUGACUGCAGUGGUUCAGAUGAGCACUAUAGUUUGCAUGGCAGCGUCACAAUUCAAGUGGCAAGUGAUGCACCUUGCAUGAAAUAGCUUCUACCCAGGGCUGCGGGCUGCCAGACAAACCUGUGGCGUAAAUGGAGACUUGCUAGAUUGUGUUUUUUUGAAUUGGAGCAACACUCCUCAUGCCAUACAGCCCAGGAACUCAAUUUUGCUAAUAGCUGAAUCACAAGACAUUGCCGAUAGGGGAAGAAAAAUCUGAAGUGGCGAGUGACAAGAUUCACUCAAUGUUGGGAAAUCCCAGUAAAUAGUUGGAAGAUGUAAGCUGCAUAAACGAAAUGCAUGGUCUAAGCAUGGAGCAGUAAAAUGUUCCGAUCAUGAGUCCAAGAUUCAUGAAGUUGUAUCCAUCCAUAUGAAAUAGUCAAAUGUGAUCAUGCUGCCAGGUUCAGGGAAAGAGUCACUGGAAGAGUGCAACAAUGCUAGCAUGCCAGUGUACAUAGUUGAAGGCAAUGCGAUAUGGGAUGAACCAAAGCUGAUGCUGUGGGAGAUGCUUCCCUCCCAGCUGGGAGGCUGCAGCCUAGCUAGUUCACCUGUUAGGGGAGUGAUGGAUGAUGAUGAGCUUGUAGGAUAGAGAAAAAAAGUGGAUGCCCUGACCCCGUUCUGCAGUUCACUAACUGUUGGAUUUUUUUGUUCCGUUAUUUAUUAUACAUAUAAUUCAUUUGUAUCCCUGUACAGCCGGUGGCUAACUCAUAAACCCCCCCUUUUUUGUGUCAUGUUUAUUCUAUUUCUCCCCCAUCGACUUUGCCUGUUUCUGCUUCUCUCUCUUUUAAUCGCGAAAGCCGCUUGUGUUGGUGUAACUGGUGCAGCAGUUCCAUAAGAUCGUUCAUCUGGAAUUGUGGUGAA